UGGCGCGUGAUGUUUUUGUUUUGCUUCACGGACGCUCGGCUCGGGUGAAUGUUUCCGGAAUUUUUGCUCUCGUAUUUGCAGAAGAAGGCGUUUCCGAUUGCCCCUCUUGCACGCUGUCACAGUUCGCGCUGGAUGCUGACCACCUGAGGCGUUGCGAUCCCGGCGAGCCCGCUUCCUUCCCGGUGUCCGUGCACGAUGAGCAGCCAGAGUGACACGAUGGCGGCCAGCGGACAGCACCAGUCGUCUUCGUCCGCCGGCGCCACCGGUAGCAACAACAACAGCAACAGUACGGAUACGCAGGAAAUCUCACUGACCGCGCGCUUCUCGGAACAAAUGGCACAGCUUUGCAUGGCCGAAAACUACUCCGAUGUGUCGUUCAUCGUGGAAGGCGAACGUUUGCCGGCGCAUCGCGUCAUACUGGCCGCCCGGAGUGACUACUUUCGGGCCUUACUGUACGGUGGGCUGUCGGAGACGAAUCUGAACGAGAUCACGCUGCAGGCACCGCUGGUGGCGUUCAAGGCGCUGCUAAGGUACAUCUACUCCGGUAAUAUGUCGCUGUCGGAGAUGAAGGAAGAGAACAUUCUCGACACGCUCGGGCUGGCUAAUCAGUACGGGUUCGCCGAUUUGGAAAUGGCCAUCUCGGACUAUCUGCACGAUGUGCUGUCGCUCGAUAACGUAUGUGCGAUCCUGGAUGCGGCCCGGCUCUUUCGGCUAGACGAGCUGACCACCGUGUGCCACUCGUUCAUGGAUCGGAACGCACCGGACAUACUGCAGCAUGAGUCUUUCCACACGCUCUCGUUAGACUCACUGACCAGUCUGUUGCAGCGCGAUUCCUUCUUCGCACCUGAAGUGCAGAUCUUCGAGGCCGUCUACGAGUGGUGCCGGUGCAAUACGGAUACCGUAAACAAUGUGGACAGUGUGGUGGCUAAGGUGCGUUUCUCGCUAAUGUCACUCGAGGAGCUACUGCACGUGGUACGCCCUUCGGGUAUUCUCGAACCGGACCGCUUGCUCGAUGCCAUAACCGAGAAGAUAUCCUCACUGCGGUUGCCGAACCGUGGUGCACUUUUUCCCGAGGAGAAUGUAGCAUCGGCCAAGUUCAACUCGCGCACCAUUCUUGGUGAGCAACGGUCGGCACUGCUGGAUGGAGAUACGCUUUCGUACGAUUUGGAGCAGGGCUAUACGCGGGCAGCGAUCAGCACCGGUGCCAACAGCGAUUCGAUGGGCAUCGUCGUGGAAUUGGGCAAAAUGUUCAUCAUCAAUCACAUCAAGGUGUUGCUAUGGGAUCGCGAUACACGCUCCUACAGCUACUACGUCGAAGUGUCGGUAAAUCCGAACAACUGGGAGCGCGUCGUUGAUCACACCAAGUACUACUGUCGCUCGUGGCAGUUUCUAUACUUUCCGGCCCGUGCCGUCCGCUACAUACGGCUGGUGGGCACGCAUAACACCGUUAAUCAGGUUUUUCACGUCGUUGCACUGGAAGCAAUGUUCACCGAAUCGACCAUACCGGUCGUGGGGGGUAUACUCGCUCCUAGCUGCAAUGUUGCAACCGUCGAACUUAGUGCGACCGUGGUGGAGGGGGUAAGCCGCACGCGAAAUGUGCUGUUGAAUGGAGACGUGAAGAACUACGACUGGGAUGCCGGAUAUACGUGCCACCAGAUCGGUACCGGUGCAAUCUUGAUUCAGCUCGGUCAGCCGUACUGGAUCAGCUCGCUACGGUUGCUGCUCUGGGAUUGCGAUAAUCGCUCGUACAGCUUCUUUAUCGAAGUGUCCACCAAUCUGAAGGACUGGGAAACGGUGGUCGAUAAGCGUGCGGAUCAUCUGAAAUCGUGGCAAAGCUUCACCUUUCUCCCAAAGGUGGUCGUGUAUAUUCGCAUCGUCGGUACCCACAAUACGGCUAACGAAAUGUUCCAUUGCGUUCACUUCGAGUGUCCCUCGCAAGAUCCGGCCCUGCUAAAGAGUGGACAAGAGGUAGCGGUCGUGCUGAAGGAGCGCGACAGCAAAGCCCAGGAUGGUCAGCAACCUUCACCCGAUUGACGUACGGUUUCUGCUGAAUCAUCUAACACCUAAUUCGCUCCCCCUUUGCCUUACCCAAUAAUACCCCACCUGAUAUUGAUUGUUCCCGUGUCAUCUUCUCGUACUUAGAGUUCCCUUUCAGGAUCUGCUCUAAACUGAACUGAAUCUCUGUGAAAAAAAAAAGAUUUUGAAUCGUAUGCAACAAGGUUUUUGUACUGACACUACGUUUAGUGAGAAUCGUACGAGAAGCGAAUCAAAAUUGUUUAACUUUGAUAGUAUUAUUUUGGAAGCGAAGCCCUAGACUACCGAUUGGAAACCGUUUUAGGAAACUACUGCGACUUCAUACCUUCCAAUCUGAUAUUCUGCUGUUGCGAGACUUUUUCGGCACUAGAAAUUCAUUUAAAGAGGAAACAAGCCGAUAGAAACACAGAUAUGUUGUAGCAUUCAAUGUAACUAUUUUCUUUUUGGAAAGUGUUUUAUAAAUGUAAUAAAUGUAUAAGUGCACAAAUAAAUGGACCUAACCGGUAGACGAAACACA